AUGAAUCGAGCAGCCUAUCAAGGUGGAGCUGGAGAACGAUAUGAGGUCAAUAGACCUAAAGAUCAGAUUGAGAAAGCAACAGGAGCAUUGGAGUCGACAUCGAUGAAUCGAGCGACAUACCAAGGAGGAGCCGGAGAACGAUAUGAAAUCAACAGACCCAAAGACCAGAUUGAGAAAGCAACAGGAGCAUUAGAGUCGACAUCCAUGAAUCGAGCGACAUACCAAGGAGGAGCUGGUGAACGAUAUGAGGUCAAUAGACCUAAAGACCAGAUUGAGAAACUAACAGGAGCGUUCGAAAAUACUUCCAUGAAUCGAGCAACAUACCAAGGUGGAGCCGGAGAACGAUAUGAAAUCACCAGACCCAAAGACCAGAUUGAAAAAGCAACAGGAGCAUUGGAGUCGACAUCGAUGAAUCGUGCAACCUAUCAAGGUGGAGCUGGAGAACGAUAUGAAAUCAACCGACCUAAAGACCAGAUUGAGAAAGCAACUGGAGCAUUCGAAAACACUUCUAUGAAUCGAGAAACAUAUCAAGGAGGAGCCGGAGGACGUUAUGAAAUCAACCGACCCAAAGACCAGAUUGAGAAAGCAACAGGAGCGUUCGAAAAUACUUCCAUGAAUCGAGCAACAUACCAAGGAGGAGCCGGAGAACGAUAUGAAAUCAACCGACCCAAAGACCAGAUUGAAAAGCUCACGGGAACAAUAGAGACAACAUCCAUGAACCGUGCUACUUAUCAAGGUGGAGCUGGAGAUAGAUUUGAGAUCAAGAGACCCAAGGACCAGAUUGAGAAACCAACUGGAACGUUAGAUUCUACAUCCAUGAGUCGAUCUACCUAUCAAGGUGGAGCUGGAGAACGAUAUGGUAUUAACCGACCGAAGGACCAGAUUGAGAAAUCAACUGGAGCACUAGAGUCGACAUCCAUGAGUCGAUCUACCUAUCAAGGUGGAGCUGGAGAUAGAUUUGAGAUCAAGAGACCCAAGGACCAGAUUGAGAAACCAACUGGAGCGUUAGAUUCUACAUCCAUGAGUCGAUCUACCUAUCAAGGUGGAGCUGGAGAGCGAUAUGGUUCUAACCGACCGAAGGACCAGAUUGAGAAAUCAACUGGAGCACUAGAGUCGACUUCCAUGAGUCGAUCUACCUAUCAAGGUGGAGCUGGAGAUAGAUUUGAGAUCAAGAGACCCAAGGACCAGAUUGAGAAACCAACUGGAGCGUUCGAAAAUACUUCCAUGAAUCGAGCAACAUACCAAGGUGGAUCCGGAGAACGAUAUGGUAUUAACCGACCGAAGGACCAGAUCGGAAUGCGUACGGGAAUAAUAGAGACAACAUCCAUGAACCGUGCUAGCUAUCAAGGAGGAGUUGGUGAGCGGUUCAAUGUUAAAAGACCAGUAGACCAGUUGGAUCGGUUGAGUGGUGUGCUGGAAUCUACUUCUGUGUCCAGAUCAGAUUACAAAGGGGGUUCAGGUGAUAGAUUCGAAAUGAAAAAGCCGAGGGAUCAAAUCUCUGAUUUGUUUCAUUCGGAGACUGCAGAAAAAGCUGUGAGAUACCGGCCAGCUCGAAAUGUGCCAAGUAUCAGAGUGGUAUCCGGAAAAAGAAAUCAGCGUAUAUACGAAACGACGACAACCUUAUUCUAA